AUGGCUGCGCCGAAGGGAGGUAUGCAGAGCUUCGCCCAGCUCAGGUCGUGCCCGCGACCCCGCAUCAACACGCCGCAAUGGCCCUCGCGCGUCGCUUCCAGGAAGAUGGGCCAUUUGGCUACCUUCAAGGUGCCUGCCGUCAACAACGAGCCCAACCAACACUAUGCCAAGGGCUCCGUCGACCGGAAGAAGCUCGAGGAGGCGUUUGAGAGGAUGAGGAAGCAGGGCCCCGUCGAGGUGCCUGUCUAUGUCGGCGGCAAGGAGAUCAAAUCGUCCGCUGUCCACACUCAGAACAACCCGUCGUCCCACGCCGAACCCGUCGCUCGCUUUUCCAACGCCACCACCGCCAAUGUCACCACUGCCAUCGACUCUGCCCUGAAGGCCAAGACUUCCUGGGAGUCUCUUUCCUUCGCCGACCGUGCUGCUGUUUUCCUGAAGGCUGCCGACCUGGUCUCGACGAAGUACAGAUACGAUAUCAUGGCCGCGACCAUGCUGGGCCAGGGCAAGAACGCAUGGCAGGCUGAGAUUGACUCUGCUGCUGAGCUUUGUGACUUCCUCCGCUUCAACGUCCAGUACGCUCAGGAGACUCUGGCCAGCCAGCCGGUCCACCACUCUCCCGGUGUCUGGAACCGCGUCGAGUACCGCCCGCUGGAGGGUUUCGUCUACGCCAUCACUCCUUUCAACUUCACUGCCAUUGCCGGUAACCUUCCCUGCGCUCCGGCAUUGAUGGGCAACGUUGUAGUCUGGAAGCCUUCUCCCUCCGCCAUGGCCUCGAACUGGCUUCUCUACAAGAUUCUGCUCGAGGCUGGCCUGCCCCCUAACGUCAUUCAAUUCGUGCCCGGCGACGCCCAGGAAGUCACCAAGGUCGUUCUUGGCCACAGAGAAUUUGCUGCCCUCCACUUCACCGGUAGCACCCAGGUCUUCCGCAGCUUGUAUGGUCAGAUUGCCUCUGGAGUUGCCGAUGGCACCUACCAAGGCUACCCGCGCAUCGUUGGUGAGACUGGUGGCAAGAACUUCCACCUGAUUCACCCCUCUGCCAACGUCGAGAACGCUGCCAAGCAGACCGUGCGUGGUGCUUUCGAAUACCAAGGCCAGAAGUGCAGCGCCACCUCCCGCAUCUACGUCCCCAAGUCCCUUUGGCCCGCUUUCAAGGAAAUUCUCGUCGCUGAGACCUCUGCUCUGAAGAUCGGUGACCCCGCCGAUUUCUCCAACUUCUGCGGCCCCGUCAUCCACGAGGCUUCGUUCAAGAAGCUGUCCGGCGUCAUCGAUGAGGCCAAGAACGACUCCGAACUGGAGCUGCUCGUCGGCGGCAAGUACGAUGGUAGCAAGGGCUACUUCAUCCACCCGACCGUUUACGCUACUAACAACCCCGCCCACCCGCUCCUCAGCCGCGAGCUCUUCGGCCCUAUCCUCGUCGCCCACGUCUACGAUGAUGCUGCCCCCGAUGCCUUCUCUAAGAUUUGCCAGACUAUCGACCGGACUACCGCCUACGCCCUUACCGGCGCCGUCUUCGCUCAGGACAGGGAAGCCAUCCGCUUCGCCGAGGAGGCCCUCAGGAACUCUGCUGGUAACUUCUAUGUCAACUGCAAGAGCACCGGUGCCGUCGUCGGCCAGCAGCCUUUCGGUGGCGCUCGUGCCUCGGGCACCAACGACAAGGCUGGCAGCGCCAACCUGAUCAGCCGCUUCGUCAGCAUGAGGGCGAUCAAGGAGGAGUUCCUGCCUCUUGAGAAGGUUCCUUACCCUAGCAACGAGGUGUAA